ACAUUCAAGCGUGUACGAGAUCUUGUCUGAGGUGAACGAGAUUUAAAGGGGCCAAAACAUGAUUCACACAUGUUUAACUAGUCACAUCUACUUAAACUGAUGUUUUGACUUGAGUGCAUGUUUUGACCAGGUGUGAGAAGAUUCCUUGAUUGCAGACGCCGACCAAAAGAAAUUCCCAUUCAGUCCGCGAUGGACGUGCUACCGAGCGGGAAUAUUUUCCGUGAAUUACAAGUUGUUCACGAUACAGGCUAUUUUUCUGCUCAACCAUCUCUUGAGGACAGAUGGCAACAGAAUUGUCUAGAAAUGGAGAGGUACCUGAAGAGCGAGCCAAAACUGACAUCAUUCAAGAAAUUGAAUCCCGAGGCAGUGGACAUGGACCGCUGCUGGGAAAACGGGCAGGGAUCCAUGGGUAGACUGUCACCGGAGGCCAUCAAGGAGGAGCCAGAGGAUUUCGAUGACAGCAUCAUCCCUGAACAUUGCGAUGAGUUCUAUGAGGAUGAGGAGGAAGAUGACGAAGAAGAUGGAGAUGAAACAGAAAACGAGACGGAAGCCGAGGAAAGACUAGAGCAGCUAGCAUACUUGGACCUCAAUGAUAGGACAUCAUGUGAUACACUUAGUUUGAAUAGUUUUAAUUCACAGUCCUCAGGUGUCUCAUGGGAUAGCAACAACAGCGAUCCCCCACUAUCACCCAUCAUGCCUAAAUCAAAUGACCCAUUUGCACUAAGACUGGUAGCACAGCCAGGCCGUACCACGACGGUGGCUGUCCGAGUGCCCUCUGCCGAUCUCAUGCGAAGGCAGCCCUAUUCUUAUGUGUCCACUUCUCAGAAUGGGCGCAUGCGCCCAUACACCGCCCAACCCAUUCAGCAGAGACCCCCAGUGCCUAUGAAUGGACAGAAAAUCCGAACGGAUGUGAGUCCGGACAUGCGGAGACGGAAUCACAAGUGCCCCUACAAUGGUUGUAAAAAAGUGUACACAAAGAGUUCUCAUCUCAAAGCUCAUCUUCGAACGCACACAGGAGAGAAGCCAUACAAGUGCUCAUGGGAAGGAUGUGAGUGGCGAUUCGCUAGAUCUGACGAACUGACUAGGCACUAUCGCAAACACACGGGAGCCAAGCCAUUCCGGUGUAAAGUGUGCGAACGCUGUUUCUCCCGCUCUGACCAUCUUGCGCUUCACAUGAAAAGACACCAAACAGCAGACUUAUAGCCACAGUGGUUUUAGCAGUUAACAAAUUAAUUCACACCAAAAAAAAACAUGAUUCCAAUUUAUAUAUUGUGAUGUCUUGUGUAACAUUGCUCAUUCAUGUGUUGGACAUCCUUUUCUGUUUUUCGUACCUGUAUUUUGUUUUUUUUUAUUUUCCUUCUUGUUCUAUUAUUUGUGUGCGACUCUAUAUUGCAAAUUAUUUUCAGGGUACCUUUAUGUUUAAGUGCUAAAUUAUAGGUGAUGUUAAUUUUUGUUUUAUCAUUUCUCAUCUGAAGCUUGUUGAUAUAUAUUUAUAUAUAUAUAAUUUUCCGAGUGCUCUUUGUUUAAAUUUCUAGAUUCUAAGUAAUGUAUUAAAUUUCUAUUUAUCUCCAUGCAAGUACCUAGGUAAGUUAUUUUCAAGAAUUUUUGUGAAAUGUUUUUUUUCUUAAUUUAGGAAAAUGAUCAAAGUUUUGAGUAAUUUUCAGCAAAUAAUUCUACCUAUGUCAUUUUAUUCUGGCUGGGUUAGUUUUAUAAUCAGUGUGGAAAUUUUUCAAUUUAGUAUCAUAUAAAAGAAGCAUUUAGCAUAUUGAUAACAAAUAAAGGGGCUUGUGUUUAUGCCUUAGAAAUUAAUUUGCAAGGCCAGGCAAAUGAAAAAUGUGAUGAAUCGCCUCGAAAAUAAAUAGGAAUUUGAAAAAUUUUUAGGGUAUUAGACUCAAAGAUCUUUGUCUGCAUCAAUGUAGAAAAUUGGAUUUUUUUCCUUUUUCCUUUUCUUUUUAUUGUAUGGUAUAUGUAGCAUCACCAUUUGACGUUUGCCUGGUCCAUCUGUCUUCUUCCAUAAAAGUCCCAAUUUGAGUCCCCCUGGUCGUGACUAUGACUACGCAGUUCAUUCUUGUCAUGGCGUCAUUCUUGUUCAUUUCUCGGUGGUACUUGUAUAUUCUGUUUUGUCAAUUUGAAGGUCAGUAAUGUCUAUCGGACAUCUAUCCUCACCCCCACCCCACCCCCCCCCCCCCCAUCCCCACCUUUUUGAUGUGGGACAUUUUAGAGGAUUGGUUCCUUUCCUAUUUUUGUCUGUGGGUAGCAGGUUUCCCCCCAUCCCCCCCACCCCCAUUUUGUCCCUCUUAGUAAAUGUUUGUAGCCCAGUGUGUUAAACAUAACUUGUGCUAUUCAUGUAUUUGUGUAUCAUUUCAUAUUUGCUGAAGAAAAAUUAACCUAGUUUUUUUUUUCACAUCAUUGUGGUGGAAUUUUUGUUUAAACUGUAGACAUGGUUUUCAUCUAUACCAAUGUAUACAACUAUAUUGAUAGCUUUUCUGUGUUACACUGACGGGGGUAAAUCAUAUAUAUUGAAGGAUAUUGCAAAUUAUUAUUUUUUAUUGAAAGUCUCGCUGAUUUUUUUUUUUAGACCUAGUCUAAUAUUUUGUAUUCAUGUAUUCCUAGUUUCAUGUGUGUGAAUUUCACGUAUGAAUUUUUCUUCUCAUAUGCCUUCGUUGUAUAUCUCAGAAAGCUUCUGAAUCAGUUCUGUGUGGUUUUUUCUUCUGUCACUAAAUGUAUGUCUUUGCUCCUAUGAUUUUGGACUUCAUUUUCGUAUAAAUUGGGUAUCAAAAAAACCAUGCAUGGAGAAAUCUUGUGUAGACUGGGGAGCAUACCAAUCAUUAUGUCAACCAAUCAUGUUAAAUUUGUUGUUUUUUGCCUGUUGUUAAGCUGGCAUUUUUUUUCUGUGAUAUUUUUUCCACGGUAUAUAUUUGAUGUAUAUUAUACACACACCUUGCCUUAAAUGUUGGUGAUACCUUUGUCAUGUCCAGGUUACAUGAUGUCUGUGCAAAAAAUUCAUGCAGAUCAAGCCAAGACUUACCAUUUCUGGAAUGGUUUGGUUAACAAAGCUUUGUUUUCAAUCAAGUCUUAAACAUUGGAGUUCUUAGUGGCAUGCUACACGUAACUGUUAAGUUUCUAAUCUUUCUGAAUUUUUGUUCCCUCAAUUUCAAUAUUUUUUUUUUUGCCAGAUUGAACCACCAUUCUGUUUGCUGUUUAGUUUUGAAAAUUCUUUUAUACUAAUGUACACGUAGGUGAUUAAUUAAAGUGUACAAAGUACAGUACUGUGUGUACACUCCUCCAAUCCAAGCACCAAAUGUUUAACACAGUUUUCAGCUGAGAGAGAGAGAGAGAGAGAGAGAGAGAGAGAGAUGAAUCUCCAUUGCAUCAAGAUCUGAAUUUUUAUUAUUUGUUGAGCAAAUUUUUUCAGGAAGCCCUGUGACAUUUUUCCCCCAUGACCAAUUUUGCUGCUUUAUAUUGGCAAGUUGCUAGUUGUUAUUUCAAUUUUGAAAAUUUUCUAACUGUAAUAUUAAGAAGAAAAACAAUACCAGUACCAUAAGUCCUGAAAACAAAUAAAGUACAUGCUUAAUUUCGGUCAGAAGAAUUGUUAUUUCCAGUGAUUUCAUUUUGCCGAAGAAAUGGAAGUUUUUCGCCAUUGGAAGUGACUUUUCAGUACUGACUUUGAAGAUUGAUAUCCAAAAUAUUAACGUUUUUGCCCUAAUCUUUGGUAUAUCAGAAAACUAAUGAAAAAUAUUGGUACCAUUUUAUCACUCAACUUUUGUCUUUUCUAAUAAGAACAAUUUUGUUUAUGGUGCCAGCGAUUUUCCUCAUGAAAAUAAAAAAAAUUUUUUUUUGAAUAUCUGUUUUGAUAAUGAAACAAACUUUGAAACUUGACAAUUUUUCUUUUUCAUGUUCUCCAGAUGUUACACUUUAUUCAUAUUAAAACAUGAAAAUGCUUGCCUAGCUAUGUAGCUCACCUGAUCAGAAGUUAGAGUUAGACGCUGAAUCCUUUGUCUUGUUUUGUUGCAUCAUGACUCGAGAACAUGCAGUUUCAGGCUUUGGUGGGUGUUGUGCAAUUGGUCAUGCAAAACGUUUAAACUGUGAUUAUAUCUGGUUUUGUUAAGAUUUUCUCCUUUUUUUCUGUUGAGGAUAGUGCUAUUGAAAUUGAAUCUUUUUUUUUCUUCUGAAAUUUUGAUCCAUUUCGUCACAUCAAGGAAAUUCAGAUAUAUUAAAAUUGAUUCAAAAGGAUAUGAUUAAAAUGAUAUUUUUAAAAUUACUUUUGAUGUUGCAGUUCAGUUUGUGGUUAAUAAAGUGCAAUAUGGAUGUCAAUGAACAAAGAUUUUCAUUAUUUUAAUAUCCUUAUUCUGAUACUUACUUUUAAUUAUCAACCUAUUUAUGACUUUUGGUACUUUUAAGGGUCCAAAGUGAUGUAUCAAGUAAGAUGUUAAUAAACAUUUUUUUUAGAAGAUUAUACAACAAUUAUACCUUUUUUUCUAAUUUCUUGCAUGUGAUCAUUUGUUUACCUAAUAUAUGCAAAUUAAGAAGUUGGUACAUUUGUACUUAGCUGGGAGGGUGGAUUUGGCAAGUCUUAGUUAUUCAGAAAGGACUGAUCAUCAUCCAGAUUUUUUUUUUACUAAAUGUGACGGAUUGACUAGAUUGUAUUCCUCUUUAAUAGUUUAUUCAUAUACAUGAUUUAAGAAAAAAGAACAGUUUUUUGUACCUCUGUGUAAUGUAUACAAAUGUUGUACAUAACCACAAACAUAAUAUAUAUAUAUUUACAAAGA